CCCGGCCUCGUCAGCAGAGCGGGGCCUCCCGGUACCCCCGGCAUGGCCCCCCCCACAGGUAACGUUGUGGAUAGCCAGUCCCCCAGGCUCUUGGCAAAUCAGCUAAGAUGGGACCUGACUGCCGAACAGAUAGAAAACAUGGCUGCAGAGCUCACGGAGAGGACCAAGCUUGUGUACGACCGGGUGGGCUCCCAGGAGCAGGGCGAGGUGUCCUAUGAAAACACCCUCAAGGCACUGGCAGAUGUGGAAGUAGAAUAUACGGUCCGCCGGAACAUGCUGGACUUCCCCCAGCACGUCUCUCCUUGCAAAGACAUCCGUGCGGCGAGCACCGAGGCUGACAAGAAGCUCUCGGAGUUCGAUGUGGAGAUGAGCAUGAGGCAGGACGUGUACCAGAGGAUUGUCUGGCUCCAGGAGAAAGCAGAGAGCGCUUCACUGAAGCCUGAAGCAAAGAGGUAUCUAGAGAGGCUGAUCAAAUUGGGUAAAAGAAACGGUCUCCAUCUCCCUGAGGAAACGCAGGAGAAAAUCAAAGCUAUUAAGAAAAAGCUGAGCGUCCUUUGCAUAGACUUCAACAAGAACCUCAACGAAGACACCACCUACUUGCCCUUCUCGAAGGAGGAACUAGGGGGGCUCCCUGAGGACUUCCUGAACUCCCUGGAGAAGACAGAGGACGGCAAGCUGAAAGUCACCUUGAAAUACCCGCACUAUUUCCCUCUCCUGAAGAAGUGCUACGUGCCCGAGACGAGGAGGAAGGUGGAGGAAAUGUUCAACUCCAGGUGCAAAGAGGAGAAUUGCCUGAUCCUCAAGGAGCUGGUGGAUUUGCGGGCUCAGAAAGCCAGUCUGCUGGGCUUCAACACGCAUGCGGACUUUGUGCUGGAGAUGAACAUGGCUAAAAGCAGCAAGACUGUGGCUACGUUCCUGGAUGAGCUGGCCCAGAAGCUGAAACCCCUCGGGGAGAAGGAACGGGCUGUGAUCCUGGACCUGAAAAAGAAAGAAUGCGAGAAACGUGGCCUGGAGUUUGACAACCGCAUCAAUGCCUGGGACAUGCGCUAUUAUAUGAACCAGGUGGAGGAGACCAAGUACAGCGUGGACCAGAAUCUGCUGAAGGAGUACUUCCCCAUGCAGGUGGUCACCACAGGCCUGCUGGCCAUUUACCAGGAGCUGCUGGGGCUCACCUUCCAUCUGGAAGAGAAGGCUCAGGUCUGGCACGAGGACGUCCAGCUCUACACGGUGAAGGACACCUCCUCCGGGGAGCCCAUCGGCAAAUUCUACCUGGACCUGUACCCGCGGGAAGGGAAGUACGGGCACGCAGCCUGCUUCGGCCUGCAGCCGGGCUGCCUCUUGCCGGACUCCAGCCGGCAGAUCUCAGUGGCUGCCAUGGUGGCCAAUUUCACCAAGCCCACGCUGGAUGCCCCUUCCCUGCUGCAGCACGAUGAAGUGGAGACGUACUUCCACGAAUUUGGGCAUGUCAUGCACCAGCUGUGCUCUCAGGCGGAGUUUGCCAUGUUCAGUGGGACACACGUGGAGCGGGACUUUGUCGAGGCACCAUCGCAGAUGCUGGAGAACUGGGUGUGGGAGAAGGAGCCGCUCCUGCGCAUGUCCCGGCACUACAAAACUGGAAGCCCCAUCCCUGAUGAGCUGCUGGAGAAGCUCAUUAAAUCCCGGCAGGCGAACACAGGGCUCUUCAACUUGCGUCAGAUCGUCCUGGCCAAGGUGGACCAGGCGCUGCACACCCAGACGAAGGCCGACCCCGUGGAGGUGUUUGCCCGGCUGUGUGAAGAGGUGCUGGGCGUCCCUGCUACCCCAGGUACAAACAUGCCCGCUACGUUUGGCCACUUGGCCGGAGGCUACGAUGCCCAGUACUACGGCUACCUCUGGAGCGAAGUGUACUCCAUGGAUAUGUUCCACACGCGCUUCAAGCAGGAGGGGAUCAUGAACUGUAAGGUGGGCAUGGAUUACAGGAAUUGCAUCCUGCAUCCUGGUGGUUCCCUGGAUGCUUCCGACAUGUUGAAGAAGUUCCUGGGCCGCGAACCCAAGCAGGACGCCUUCCUGGUCAGCAAAGGACUGAAGGUGGAGAGCAACUCGCUGCCUUCGGCCUGCUGAGAAACUGCUCCGGCCCGUUUUGAGUCAAGCCAGCUCCUUUGUCUACGCACCAGUCCUCUCAGGCCAAGCAAUACCCGGUACUUCUGUCACCAAACGCAUCCUGGGCCAGCCCCUGCCUGGAGCUCUUCCUCCAGGAUCCUGCUCCGAGCUCACCCUGGGCUUCAGGAGCCGGGUUCAGCCCUGGUCCAGGGCUCUGCGGUGACAGCUCUGCAGAGGGAGCUGAAUUGCCUUUGUCACCCCCCGAGGGGGCUGGGGCUGUCGGUAGCCCACACAAAUUGGCUGAACUUUGAACCUGACGUCUGCACGAGGGUGAGUUUCGGCCUCAUUUAUAGCCGGGGAGGAGGGUGAGAGGAGUUACCAAACUUGAAUCAUUGUUUUAAAAUCCCUUCUUUUUAAGAAAUGAGACUUCCCACCGGGCUUGGCUUGUUUUGUGCCCCAGGGCAGACUCACUGUUCGGAGCACGAAACAAGCGGCCUGAGAAGCUGCCUUGGGAGCCGUGCUCUCCCCGUCUUUGGGCAGCUGGCGGCCGUGGAAUAAAGAUGGGGAGAUCCCAGAGCUUAAAAACCAUUGCAUUUACUGGAACGUCCUGCCCUGAGCCCCGCAGACGUUCCUGCCGGGGCAGCAGGCCUGGGAGGGGGACAGAGAUGGCCGGUACGGCUCUUCCCAGAACAGGGGGGCUGGGGGAGCGUGGCCUGGCCCCCGCGCGCUGCCAGGCGUCCUCGGGAGCUUGUACCUUCCCCCAGGCCGUAUCGGAGCUGCUGGGACCCUGCGCCCGGGGCUGUCUUCGGGCAGGCGAUGCCUUCUGGGCUCAGGUCGUAGCAGCAGGAGGGUGCGUUGCUAUUGUUGUCGCCUCUAAGCCAGGGUGGGA